GUCAUAACACGCAUCUAACCCUAAUCGAGCCUCGACUCGCCAGUCACUGUUCACGGUCGGGAAGUGUCACAGUGCGCGCUGUCUCGGGUCAUAUUCUACGGGAUGAUUGGAGUAACAUGGCUGCUGUUGGGUGCGGCGCUAGCACUGUUUUGGGCAUAUUCGUGGUGGAAACACAGAUACUGGGCAAAUAAAGGUGUGCCCACUCCGCCUGUGCUCCCCUUCAUCGGUCAUGCGCAUAAAUUGCUUAUCCCACAGAAAAUGUGUGAUUUUGAAAGAGAGGCCUACCUCAACUAUGGUGGAUCAAAGUUAUGCGGUUACUACUCUUUCCAUGAACCAAUGUUAUUGGUGGGCGAUCCAGAACUCUUGAGGCACAUUUACGUGAAGGACUUUGACCACUUUACGGACAGAAGAAUACUAAACUUGCCGAGCGAGAAGGACAGAGUAAUGGCCAACAUGUUGACUAUGAAGACAGGCGAAGAGUGGAAGAAACUGAGAGCCAUCAUGUCUCCCACUUUCACUUCAGGCAAAAUGAAGGGAAUGUUCCCGCUCGUGUGCCAAAAGGCCGACGAACUCGUCUCCUUCUGCCUGAAGGAAGCACGCACGAAGCCCUUUGUCGACAUGAAGUAUAAUUUUGGCCGGUUCACCAUGGACACAAUUGCUUCCUGUGCCUUUGGUAUUGAAUGCAAUUCACUAGUGGAUGAAAAGCCAGAAUUUGCUGAAAAGGUUGAGACUUUUUUCAAUAUUAAACCGGAAAUUAUAUUUAGAAUUGCUUUCCUGAGCGUAUUUCCUAAACUUGCCAAGAUACUUAACAUGAGAUUUACAGCACCAGCUGUUGAUUUCUUUGAGGAAGUGGCCCGUGAGACCAUGCGAGCGAGGCAAAGUGGAAAUAAAAGAGGAGACUUUUUGGAUCUCUUGCUAGAGGCAGAAGUCUCUACUGGCGAUGCCGAAGGAAACACGGAAAUGCAAGAUGACAAUACCUCAUCCAAGCCUAAGCAAACACUGGAUGAACUUACCAUCAUUUCCCAAAGUGUCUUGUUCCUGGUCGCCGGUUACGAUACCACAGCCUCCACGCUGGCCUUUGCGUCCAUCCUACUUGCCAAGCACCCAGAGAUCCAGCAACGCCUUCGUCAGGAGAUCAGUGAAAUGGUCGAGGAACACGGCGACAUAACCUACCAGGGGAUUAUGGAAGCCAAAUAUCUUGAUGCCUGUAUCAUGGAAACCCUUCGUAUGUACCCACCGGGGCUUUUCCUGGAGCGCAAGUGUGUAAAGGAAUACAAGAUCCCUGACACGGACGUGACCAUCGAGCCUGGCGUAAUAGUGACCAGCCCGAUCUUCAACAUCCACCGGGACCCGAAGUACUGGCCUGAGCCCGAGGAAUUUCGGCCCGAGCGCUUCCUGCCGGAGAACAAGGCGAACAUCACCCACCUCACGCACAUUCCCUUCGGAAUCGGACCCAGGAACUGUAUAGCGAUGAGAUUUGCCCUCAUGGAAGCCAAAGUGGGUCUGGCCAAGAUGCUCCUUGCCACAGACAUGAAGUUGGCACCAGGACACGAAGAGAUUAAAUUUGACUUUGGCUUUGGUUUGCUGCGGCCAAGAGACGGGGUUAACCUUGUCCUAACACCUUGGAAAGAAGAGUGAGAAAGAGAAGGAAAAGAGAGAGAGAGAGAGAGAGACAAAAAAAAAGAAAGAGAGUCAUUUUUGCCCACAGAAGACAGGUCCAGAUUGAGAAAGGGCAGAAACGAAGAACGUGAUUUCGUGCCUUAUCCUGUACAUCAGAAGGGGGCCUCUGCAGCAAUUGUCUGAAAUCUCGUAUGUUGGAUACAGUUAUUUUCAAUCUUCCUCUACUUGUUAGUAAUUAAUGUAUUUUCAUUCUAACACAGGAUAAAGGUUGAAAGUAAAUUAAUGGUGAUUAUAAUGAUGAUGAUAAUGAUAUUAAUAAUUAUAAUGAUGAUAAUGAUAUUAAUAAUUAUAAUGAUGAUAAUGAUAUUAAUAAUUAUAAUGAUAGCAAUAAUGGUAAUAAUGAUAAUGAUGGUAAUGAUAAUACAAAAUUUCCCUUUCUAAGUGCAAAAAAAGAGCUUAUCGAAAUGAACAAAAAGUGCACAGAUUUUCAUAUAAUUGGGAAGUACAUAUCAUGAAUUUUAAGAUAAAUGAAAAAAUGGUCACGAUGAAAAAAAAAAAGUUUGGUUAUUUUCGCCAGUUAUUUUGCCAUUCAAUGUUUUUUCCUUUUGUCGUGAAACCCUUUCUGAUGCAGAAUACAUCAAGUCAAACUAAAAUGUAAAAUAUAUUUCUCCAGAUAAAAGAAAUUAAAAUUCCAUUUCACUGAUGAUCCUAUACUUGCUAGAAUGCUGUUAUAACCAUUAAAAAGGGACAUUAUGCAUUCACUUAAUUCCUCAGUAUUUAUUUUCUAAUGUAUUACUGUGUCAUCUUCCUUUAUUAGUGGAGACAAUACCCUUUUCUAUAAAAGUUAAUUUCUUCAUUAAGUAAUAUUGAUGUCAAAAAAGCACUAGAAUAGGCAGUUGACCAAACUAAAAUAUUGGGUAAAAAACUGGGUCGCUUUCGAUCAAAAUAUUAAAUAAGAAGAUAAAAUAUCCGAUCGUGCGUUUAACCCUUUCGAAUUGACAUAAAAAAGGGACAAAGUGACUGGCCCAGUUGUUUCUCUUUAUUAGGGCCUAUUUCCGUUGUAAACUGCUUUAUCUGAAGUGUGUUUGCGGUUUUGUGUCGUUCGUUUUGACGACGAAGCCAAAAACAAGGCAUGUGGAUGUGCUUUUUUCCGGUUUUUCUUUUCUUUCUUUCUUUCAUUUCUCAAAGGUAGAACGACAAUAAACAUUUCGUCAUUCAAAGAAGACGACGCACAGAAAAGCAGCGGAUGAUUUGUAUUGAUGUAGAUUACAAGAUGUCGAUUACAGAAAUUAAUAUGUGCUUAGCAUAGGUUAUAAGAUGAUUAAGUAAAUUCGUUUCGUUUAUUUGUAAUACUUGUAAUGAGAAAUAAAAGUAUAGAACAAGUUCUUUA